AUGCAUCAGUGCGAUAUGAUGGGUGACCUCAAGCGCACAGUCACCCAGUGCGGGUGUGUGGCUGGUUUAUAAAAGGUAAAGGGACCCUUGACCAUUAGGUCCAGUCGUGGCCGACUCUGGGGUUGCGGUGCUCAUCUCGCUUUACUGGCCAAGGGAGCCGGCGUACAGCUUCCGGGUUAUGUGGCCAGCAGGACUAAGCCGCUUCUGGCGAACCAGAGCAGCGCACGGAAACGCCAUUUACCUUCCCGCCAGAGCAGUACCUAUUUAUCUACUUGCACUUUGAUGUGCUUUCGAACUGCUAGGUUGGCAGGAGCAGGGACCGAGAAACGGGAACUCACCUGUUGCGGGGAUUCGAACCGCCGACCUUCUGAUCGGCAAGUCCUAGGCUCUGUGGUUUAACCCACAACACCACCCGCGUCCCUUGGCUGGUUUAUAGGCCCCCUCUAUCACAACGGGGUGUGUGGGAUGCUAGGGGAAAGGGUGGUCCCUCUGGUGGGGACACAUCCUGCUCCUCCUGGGGUCAUUUGGCCUCCUUUGCGCCCCCCCCAUCUCACACUUUUUUGGGGGUAAAGUUUUUAUUAGAAAUUUCAACAUAACAUUUUAUCAAAAGACAUAUCAUAUCGUCCCCCCCCUAUUUUCCCCCUUCCCCCUCCCGAGAAAGAACCCCCCCCCAACUUCCCUCAGCUCCUCUCUCUGGUUUUUCAAUACCUGUAAUUCUCUGCAUAUCAUAAAAUUGUAAAGAACCUUAAUUUAUCUAUCUAUAUGUUGUUAAUAAUAAAUAGGUGCAUGUUUAUUCCAAACCUGCCAAGGAGUCCAGUUCAUUUUGUUGUUUCUUUAAGUACUUUGUAAAAGGUUCCCAUUCUUCUUUAAAGUCACAGUUGUCCUUGUCACACAGUUUGUGUGUCAAUUUCUCUAAUUCCGCAUAGUCCAUCAGUUUCUCUUGCCACAGUUCUUUGGUCAAGAUUUCUUCAUUCUUCCAUCCUUGUGCUAUUAAGACUCUUGCCGCCGUUGUCGCAUACAUGAAAAUGUUCUUAAACUUCCUUGGCAGGUCUUUUCCUACAAUCUCCAAUGCUUCAGGUUUUUAAACAAAUGUUAAUUUCAUCUUGCACUUGAAGCUCCUACAAGCUGUUGGCACACAACAGCGGCCACAUCCCGGGAACGGAUUCGACUGGCCGGCUAAACCAGGUGAGGGUCGCCAAUAGGUCUCAAGCCCUCAGACCUUCUCAAACCAUCAGACCCAUCCAGCACGAUAAAUGGUCCAGGAUGAUGGGAGUUGUAGUCCAACAACAUCCGGAGAUAUACCAGUUCCUCACCCCCCAAAUUUAAAGCAACUGCAUUUACAGCCAACCUUUUCCGUGAGGGAGGGGUAGUUAUUUUUCUGAUCUGCACGCUGAAGAAUUCUGUGUAAUCUGGAAGACUGCAUCAUCAUUCAUGAUCACACUGACAGCGCAAUUCUAUCCAUGUCUACUCAGAAGUAAGUUUUAAUUCAUAAUAAUAAUAAUAAUUUAUUAUUUAUACCCCACCCAUCUGGCUGGGCUUCUCCAGCCACUCUGGGCGGCUUCCAACAAAACAUUAAAAUACAGUAAUGCAUCAAACAUUAAAAGCUUCCCUAAACAGAGCUGCCUUCAGAUGUCCUCUAAAAGUCUGGUAGUUGUUUUUCUCCUUGACAUCUGGUGGGAGGGCGUUCCACAGGGCAGGCGCCACCACCGAGAAGGCUCUCUGUCUGGUUCCCUGUAGCUUGGCUUCUCGCAGUGAGGGAACCGCUUACUCUCUGGUAAGCAGGGUUAGGACUGCAGCCUAAGACAGAGAAUCAGAGAAUCAGUAGAGUUGGAAGGGAUCUCCAGGGUCAUCUAGUCCAACCCCCGGCAAUGGGGGAUUGAGCUCGUUUUCUCCUGCUCUGGAGGAUAGGACUCGAAUCAGUGGCUUCAUGUUACAAGAAAGGAGAUUCUAACUAAACCUCAGGAGGGAGUUUCUGACGGUAAGAGCUGUUCAGAAGUGGAAGGGACUCCCUCAGGAGGUGGUGGACUCCUCCUUCCUUGGAGGCUUUGAAGCAGAGAUUGGGUGGUCACCUGUCAUGGAUUCUUCAGCUCUGAUUCCUCCAUUGCAGGGGGUUGGACUAGAUGACCCUAGGGGUCCCUUCCAACGGUACAAUUCUGAUUCUAUAUAAUAAUAACGCAACAGGUUUGGGGGAAUGGUUUUGAUGAAAGGGCUGGUGCCCUGCUAUUUUUAUUGUAAUUAUUUGUAUGGUUUUAAUAGCAUAUUUUAUUUUAAUAGACUAUUCUAUUAAAUAGAAUAUUAAAAUUUAAAAGAAUUUUCUAUUAAAAUCAUGCAAAUAAUGUAAGCAUAAACAAAUAUCUCUGUCUAUACCCAUCAAUGUCUGAUUGCUUUUCAAUUGCUUUUUCUCUAUGUUCAUAUUUUUAAUCUGUAAACUACGGAGGGUGGAAGUACAAAUAAAAUACAUUUUGCUGAUUUGGACGCUUCACCCGACGAACUUCUGCCUGCCCGCCCAGCAGCCCCAGGCGCGGCAGCCUCUUGCAACCGGAAAGCAGCGUCGCCGGCUCCGCAAGGAAGCCGCUCUGGGCCUCCGACGGGGCCGGAGCGCCGCCCGAGCAGAGCCGCCCAGGGUGGCCUCGGCCGGGGAAGAGGCGCGGCGGGCGGGCGGGGGAACGUGGCCAGGGCGGAACGGAGCAGCGCCGGGAAGCCGUUUCCACGCCGAGGGGAAGGAUUUCGCGGCGCGCCGGCGUCCCCUGGAGGCGCCACGUGGGCGAGCAGGGAGGGCGGAUCAGGCUGGAUGCGGAGGCGGAGAGACAGCUGAUUGAUUGAUUGAUUGAUUGAUUGAUUGACUGAUUGGCAGUCAGGAGCCUGGGGGGCCGCUCACCUGCCAGCUCGGGUCCCCUGGAGCCCCUUUCCUUCCUCUGCCAGGUAAGCCCAGAUGCCCCCCUUGGGAGUGGACUUUGUGGGGGGCACUUCGCCCUGGGGUGCGGGGUGGGGCUCGGGGCAAGUGGGCGGCAUUGGGGCGAGGCUGCUUACGCGCAGAGUUUUGGAGCUUUUCUCAGGGAGAAGCGGAUCGGACCCUUUGCAAGGACAGUGUCACCCCCGAGCAACCAAGGCUCCAUUCCGCUUCUUUUUAAAAAAUAUUUUUUUAUUAAAUUUUCAGUUCUGCAAUUCCAAAAAACAUUUUACAAGCUUUAAAAUAUCCAGUGACUUCCCUUUCUUUUCUCCUUCCACUGUCCAUUUUACAUAUCAUACAUCCCUGCGUGUUUUACUAUAACCAUUCAAAUCAGUUUUCCACUUUUACAUCCGUCAAAAAUUAUUUACUCUGCUGAAUUUAUCUUAAUGCUGCCAGCGUUUUCAGCUGUAUACAGUCAUCUUCCACAUAUUCAAUAAAUGUUUUCCACUCUUCUUUGCUCCAGCCUGCUACUUCUGUUUUUUGUCCCACUUCUGUUGAGCUGUAGCUUGAGGCUGCCCCUCCAGAGGGCAAUAAUCUGGUAACAUGGGGAAGCAUCUCAGAACAAAGCAGAACGAUAUGUAUAAAUUGACCAUUAACACACUAUUGUUUUUCCAGUCAGUCUGGAGGGGCACUCAGAGAAGGCUGUGAAACUUUGGAGAACCACAACUUCUCCAUUCAUGUAGAAAUGCGCUGUUGUUGCAUGCGAUGUUUUGCAUUUACGUCUGUGCUCUUUCCAGCGCUUUCCACUAGUUGGAUUGUGUUUUAGUUGAUGCUGCCUUUGGAAAAGGUUGCUGCAGUCACUAAUCUGCCGGUUGUCUUAGGGCGCAGGAGGCGAAGAUGCAGUCCAUACGCAGCUGCAUCGUGGGAGGUCUGAGGGUGUGCUGUUGGCGGCUUCCACGCUGGACCCUGCAACCGGCUGGACCCUGUGCUUGGGCUUCCACCAGGGGCUUGGAUCCUGAGGUGCCCAGCAGAGAAGCAAAGUGCAAGGGAGGCCUGGAAGAUUUUCAUGCUAAGUUGGCAGCAGGGCCGUCAUUGCAGCAUUUCCUACAAGACGCUGGACCUGUGCAGGAAACUCACCAUUUGCCGGCUGAAGCAGUGGAGGACUCAGCACCCUAUCUUGGCUCCAGAACCCUGGCAGAUGCCCCAAGAAAAGGUCUGUGUUGCUGCCUUGCUUUGUCGUGCCACACAGCACCACACACCUUCCGGAGCUGAGGAUUCCUCUGGAGAUUGGAAUUGCAGAUCCUCAAUUCUGGUUUUGCAACCUGUGUGGAAAGGAGGGAGAUUCGAGUGGGCUGCAGGUGGGGAUGGCCAGUUGAGUCCUGAUGCCUUUGCCAAUGUCAUGCUCCCUUUGAUUCCCAAACUCAGGUGCGAUGUGUCAAGGGAAUUGCAUUCACACAGCAGACAUCACAAACAUGCUUACAAGAUUAUAAUUUAGGCCUAAACACUUUGGAAAGAAAUGCUUGAACCACAGUUCUCUCUCUAUAGAUACAGCCUCUUGUGUGUGCUUUGCAGCUUUAAAUAUCUUUAUUGCAUAAACAAACACCUUCCUCACGAAAACACAUUAUUUUUGCUAGGCUAAUCAGAUAUCUGCUUGGAGAACACAGCUAAUCAAUUAUAGCGGUAGAUUAUCUUCCUUCCUCAAACACCAGCAUACAGCACAAUAAGCAUGGCUUUCUAUUCUCUGGUUAGAAAUUAGUUGGGGACGAAGACUGUGGAUAAGUCUUAUUUCAGUUGCCAGCUGCAAAACAGGUAGAACCAUCCACCCAUAUCAUGGGGUUAUCGUAAAGAUGACAUUUAAGUAUCUUUGCCGUGUUUCAUAAAUUGAUGGUUCAGUUUUUGAUUGUUUUCAUAGAAUUGUAGAGUUGGAAGGGGCCAAUGGGUUAUCCGGUCCAUACCCCUGCAGUGCAAGAAUCGGUGAUGGGAAUGGGAGACAGAGCUGUUUGAUCCCCUCCCCAAGAAACCCACUCUUUUCUCCUCCUUCUUCUCCUCCAUACCCCUUGCAGUGUACCUGGAGACUUAUGGCUGUCAGAUGAAUGUCAACGAUACAGAGAUCGCCUGGUCCAUCCUCCAGAAAAGUGGCUACCUGAGGACCAGCAGACUGGAGGAGGUAAGCUUGGCCUCCGCAGUUGUUUGUGGCAGAGAACUGAGAGUGUGGGGAUUUAUGGCAGUUGGAGAAACACUUGUGAUUUUCCGGUUUCGAAGCCCGUGGCACAUGUUGCCCAGAACAAUGGCUCUCUUCCACCUUGAGGGCUAGAAAGUUUGCUUUUUCUUUUUGAAACAGAAUGAUCUGAGUCUGAGGGUUUUAGUUUGGCACUAGAGUUCUGUCCCACUUAGAUGGCGCAUUUGGCCUCGGAUGCUUCCCAUCCGGUUUUAGAAAUAUUUUUUCUCCCUUUCAUUUAUCCCCUUCUCCUUCUCUCUUCCAUUAGGCAGAUGUGAUUCUCCUUGUCACAUGUUCAAUCAGGUACGGAAGUAUUAUCUGGUUUCCAAAAGGGGUGCAACAGCGGUAACCCUCGCUUAUUGUGACGUGUGUUGGUGUCCUUCGGAGAAAUAGUUUCCUAGCCCUGGCAGAAAAGCUGAUCCUUUGCUGCUCCUCAGGGAGAAGGCUGAGCAGACAAUCUGGAACCGUUUACGAUACCUCAAGGCUCUGAAGUCCAAGCGGCCCCGAUUGCAAGCACCCUUACGGAUUGGGAUAUUAGGUAAGGCGAAACGCCACAGCAGGGGGGAUUGGCAUUGGGUAGGGCAUAUGAAGGGGGAGAGGGUUUAUUGUUUUGUUCUUGCUCUUAUUUUUAUUAUGCACUUUGUGUUUUUAUCUUGUAUUUUUAUGCUGUGAACCUCCCUGAGAUCUACAGAUGAAGGGUGGUAUACAGAUUGAACAAAUAAAUUAGAACACAGUGAAAUUAACGGUUGUUGUUGUUGUCCAGUCAUUUAGUCAUGUCCAACUCUUUGUGACCCCAUGGACCAGAGCACAACAGGCCCUCCUGUCUUCCACUGCCUCCCACAGUUUGGUCAAACUCAUGUCUGUAGCUUCGAGAAGACUGUCCAACCAUUUCGUCCUCUGUCGUCCCCUUCUCCUUGUGCCCUCCAUCUUUCCCAACAGCAGGGUCUUUUCCAGGGAGUCUUCUCUUCUCCUGAGGUGGCCAAAGUAUUGGAGCCUCCGCUUCAGGAUCUGUCCUUCCAGUGAGCACUCAGGCCUGAUGUCCUUCAGAAUGGAGAGGUUUGAUCUUCUUGCAGUCCAUGGGACUCUCAAGAGUCUCCUCCAGCACCAUAAUUCAAAAGCAUCAAUGAAAUUAAUGGUAAAAACAGUAAAAAUAUCUCCUUAACGUGCAAACUAUAUAUUCAGCAGUAAACAGUUCUCCCCCGUUUGCAGGUUGCAUGGCCGAGAGGCUGAAGGAGAAGAUCCUGGAGCGGGAGAAGUUAGUCGACGUCGUGGCAGGCCCUGAUGCUUACCGCGACCUUCCCAGGCUCCUGGCAGUGGCCGAAACAGGCCAGCAAGCCGCCAACGUCCUGCUCUCCCUGGAUGAAACUUACGCAGACAUCCUUCCUGUCCACACCAGCACCAGCCCCACGUCGGCCUUCGUGUAAGUGCCGGGUGGGCUGCUUGCUCCUUCGGUCAGGCUCUGUGGGGUUGCGAGUUCAAGUGCUCUUGCACACGGGUUGCGAAUCUGUUCAAAGUGACCAGAGCUCUUUGAGGUCCCAAGUCUCUCAUCUUCAUGCAUGCAUCUGCCUCCCUCUGAGUUGCAGAGCCUGCUUCUUUCUACGAGCCAAGCUCCAUGGGCUGCAGGCAGUUGGAUCUGAAAUAGCCUCAUUUUAAAAAUCAAGAUGCUAGCCCUCAUGUUUGAAUAUACAAUCUGAAGAAAUUGCAGUUGGCAUUUCCUGAAGGCUUUUUUUAAAAAAAAUGCGGUUUAAGUUCUGUUAGCUUUUAAUUUCUUUUUAGUGGUUAUAUUUUCCAUAUUUUUAGCUUAUGUUUUAUUUGUGUCAUUUUGAUAAACCACCUUGAAUCCUGGGAUAUAAAUGGUGAUUACACACACAUAUAAUCUACACUACUUGCUCAAAGUGGUUUACAAAAAGAUAAAACAAUAAAAUUGAGAAAAAUUCACCACCGUGUUUAAAACAUACAAAAAGUUUAAAUACUAAAGCAGGCUAAAAUUUGCACCAACUUUCUAAGCAUGUCGGUACACUUGGCUGAACAGGAAUGUUUUUGGUAGGUGCUGAAAACCUUCCCCAUAAUUAAUAUUAGUAAAGGGGAAAACACAUUCGGGAGGCUCCCCAGAGUCAAAUCUUGGCUCUCAUACCCUUUCCUUCACGGCUCCUUUUAAGCAUCCUGAUUUUCCUCCCUGUCGCUUGGAGGCAAAUUAGGUAUUGCAAUUGGAACAGACCAUAGAAUUUGAUUUAAGGUUGAUCCCAUCCUUUUUGUGCAGGGGCCUUGGUCUGUCCAGCUGGGGAGGGGUGUCAUAAGUGUCAGGAGUUCAGCCUACGCUUGAGUAGGACCCUGAUAGAGACACAUGCCUGACUGGUAUGUUCUCUCCCUCCUGGUCAUUUGUUUGGGAGCUUCAAAAGCUUUCUUCUGCCUGAAUAGCACAGCGACCGAUGCCAACAGACAUUGGCACACUUAGGGAUCAGCAAAGUCUUCGCAGUUUAUGUAACAGACCUCAGCAACUCAGCAUUUUGGCUAAUCUACUUUAUUUACAUAUAAAAACACACGGAGCACUGCAACAUGGCUCCCUCUCUCUCUAGCAUCAGACAGCAAAGAGGAAAAAGAACAAAGGACAAUAGUCCCACUUCACGGAACACAGUAACACAAACAUCUCCAUCACUUCCCACUUUGUGGAGUCAAAACAUAUACCGUCAUGUGAAAGACAACAAUCCCAUGACUGCAGUCACGGAGCAGGAAAUUUAACAAUAAGAAGAGCCUCCAGGAUCAGGCCAGUGGUCCAUCUAGCUCAGUAUCCUGGUCUCACAGGGGCCAACCAGAUGACUCUGGGGAAGCCAGCAAGCAGGAACCCAGCUCUCUCCUCCUGGAACUGGGACUCUGUUGAGGCAGAGCGUAGCCAUCUUGGCUAAUAGCUGUUGAUACCCUCUCCUCCAUAAAUUUGUCCAGUCCUCUUUUAAAGGCAUUCGAAUUGCUGGUCAUCACUGCCUCUUGUGGGAGGGAGUUCCACCGCUUAACUUUGUGCUGUGUGAACAAGGACUUCCUUUUAGCUGUCCUGAAUCUUCCAACAAAUUGGUCUGGCAGACUUGGCGUAUAUCUCAGUCCUGGGAGGGGAAACGGAGACCGUGAAAAACUCCCCUGCCUUGGAAGCAAACCGAAGCCAGUCUGGCCACCACCUACCUACCCACCCCAUGGGGGACUUCUCUCUCUCUCUCACAGGUCCAUCAUGCGCGGCUGCGACAACAUGUGCACCUACUGCAUCGUCCCCUUCACCCGCGGGCGCGAGAGGAGCCGGCCAGUGGCCUCCAUCCUGCAGGAGGUGCAAGCACUCUCAGACCAGGUGACCAGCCCCACUGCAAAACUCGCCUGCUGCAUUGUGGGCAGGGAGGUGGGAUGAGACCUGGAAGCCAGAAAUGGGGCUCUCCAGGCCCAGAGGGUGGGUGUGCUCCCCCCAGGCCUCUCUGCCUGGGCCCAGCCUUAUUCCUCACUGUAGCGUUCCCAAAACAAGGAAGGAUUGGACUCUGAUUAAUAGAAUACACAUGAGACUUGACUAGUAAGACUCUGAGAGGGGUGCGUAUAAUAAUAACUCGUCUCCACCCCUCGGCCCAGGUCGUUUUAUUCACAAAAGAAUUUUUUACACAGUGUUCGUAAGGACCAAUCAGAUUUCCUCUGAGCGUUUCAACAAACCCCACGUGGGGACAAAGUUAAACUACAAAAAGCUAAUUUAAGCAUGCAUACUUCUGGGGUAAAUAAAACAGGACUAAAAAGGAGGAAUGCAUUCAGCAACCCCAGAGGUCAUAAACAAGCAGUAAACAUGAGAGGAAGGAUGGCAAGGAAGAUAGGGAUCUUUAUCACCUUCAUGUGAAAAACUAUUUCCUGGCCCUGAGAUUAACAAAAUCAAGGAAGGGUACAUCCAAGAAACCUAUUAAUUUAUGGCCUAGGAUGCCUGGUGCAGCAACCAGCAACUGGCCUGUAUCCUAGAAUGCUUAUACGUGCCUGUCAGGCAGAGAGAAAUGGGCAGUAGAGGAAAAAUGGCAUAAAUGUAGAACCUUGUUGGAUUUGAUCAGAAAUUAUUGUCAAUGAAUCAAACCCAGUCAACACAAUGCUUUCAUCGCGGACACCAUGGCCUGAUGCAUAUUUUAUAAUUCCUCAUAGUAAUCCCAUCUGAUCACUACACUCACCAUGCCUGCUUUGCACCCCAGCACCCUCCAUUCCUGAGUUUUGUUUUGCCUCGGCUGGAAUGCUGCUGUGACCUCUGGUGAUGCUUAUUGCUUGCCUGGAUGCAAUGUAAAAUGCCUUUGUUUCCUGGCUUCUCCUGCCACCCUUUCCGCUGUGCCAAUAAUGACCCGCUGCCUCCCUCUGCAGGGGGUGAAGGAGGUGACCCUGUUGGGCCAGAACGUCAAUAGCUACCGGGACACCUCCGAGGCCCAGUUCCUCUCGGCGACCCCAACUCAGCUGAGUCGCGGCUUCAGCUCUGUCUACAAGCCCAAGCAGGGCGGGUUGCGCUUUGCGGACCUCCUGGACCGGGUGUCCGCCAUCGAUCCAGAAAUGAGGAUCCGUUUCACUUCCCCGCACCCCAAGGACUUCCCGGACGAGGUGAGUUUGGCUCUCCUUCCUCUGCUGGCCUACUGGACUAGGGCAAGUGGUUUCCCACAGCCUGGGGUCCACUGAUGGCCGCUGUGUUUUCGGCAGGUCUUCCAGCUCAUGAAGGAGAGGCACAACAUCUGCAAACAUCUGCACCUCCCGGUCCAGAGCGGAAGCACCCGUGUCCUGGAGGCAAUGAGGAGAGGGUGAGUCGGAGCUCUUGCACAUUUUAGAUAUCCCUACUAUAUCAAAACUUUCCCCAAAAUAUCCCAGUCCUUGCUGGGCAGCAGCAGCAGUUCUUAUGAAGCCUGUCUGUAUCUGUAUGCCACAGGGUACCAGUGCCUCCUAACUUCGCCCUCUCUGCUUCACCCACCCAGAUAUACCCGGGAAGCUUACUUGGCGCUCGUACACCUCAUCCGAGACUCUUUGCCAGGUUGGUUUCUCCUGUAGCCGUUGUUGCUGAUUCUUACUCUUCCCCCUUCCCUACUGGCUUGACUUACAUCUUUAUGGUCUUUCAGCUUCACCUGUGAGCCCGUGUGAAAGUGCAGUGCCGGGGCUGCAUUGCAUAAGGUGUAUUUCUCUGUGUUGGUGUGAUGGGGAAAUAGUUCUGCUUCCAGAGACUGGAGAUUCGUGGGCAAGGGAGCGCCAGGAGAGGGUGCCGGAUUGGGGAGCUGAAGAAGCAGGGUGGGUUCAAGGCCAGGUGGCCAGAAUGAUAUUAAAGACAAGGUUGCUCAAAAUGUAUGGUGCUGGUGGUGUCACAGAUUGCGUAGAUUUGUAGAACGGGAAGGGACGCCAAGAAGAAUGUGACAGCCAAAUUCUCAGGCUGUCAGAUGGAAGCAUAGAGCGGCUGGGAACUGAUCCGCUGCUCUCAAGACACACGUACAGUUUUCCUUGGAGCAAGGGGCUGGGCGAGAGGCUGCCCUCUUCUUGCUGAGGUUUCCCCAAAAUGAGAGUUUUGACGGGCACCUCAUUCCAGAGCUGAGCGAAGUUAGGAAUUCCUUCCUGAGGUUUAAUGGUCAUAAGUGGGUUGUUGUUUUUAUUUUGAUUAUGUAUUUUUUGGUUUUAUAUUUUGAUUUUGUUCUGUGAACUGCCCUGAGACCUCCAGGUAUAGAGCGGUACAGUGGUACAUCAGUUUAAGAACAGUCCUGUUUACGAACGAUUCGGUGUACGAACUCCACAAAACCGGAAGUAGUGUCUGGUUUGCGAACUUGACCUUGGUCUGAGAAUGGAAUCUGAACGGUGAAAGGGCCCUGGCAACGGGAGGCCUCAUUAGGGAAAGUGCGCCUCGGUUUAAGAACGGUUUCGGUUUAAGAAUGGACUUCCAGAAUGGAUUAAGUUCGUAAACUGAGGUACCACUGUAUAUACUGUAUUUUUCGCUCUAUAGGACGCACCGGACCAUAGGAUGCACCUUGUUUUAGAGGGGGAGAACGGGGGAGGGAAUUCUCCCCCUCUCUGCUCAUCGCCCCUUCAGCAAAGCGGCAGGAGAAACGGAGCCCCUUCCAUUUUACCCCCGCUUCGCUGAAGGGGCGCUGCGCAGAGAGGGAAAACUGUGUAGCGCCUCUCCAGUGAAGUCUGGAGAGCAAGAGGGAUUGGUGUGCACCGACGCCUCUCGCUCUCCAGGCGGCUAUCCACAAGGCUUCGGAGCGCAGCGGGAACUCCUGCUGCGCUCCGAAGGCUUGCGGAUAGCUGCCUGAAGCCUCCGGAGUGCAGCGGGAGUUCCCGCUGCGCUCCGGGGGCUUCAGGCGGCUUCAGCGAAAGCAACGCGAAGCCUCUGGAGCACGGGGGGAGCUCUCCUGCCCUUCAGAGGCUUCGUGUUGCUAUCACUUAAGCCAAGGAGCCUGCAUUCACUCCAUAAGACGCACACACAUUUCCCCUUAAUUUUUGAAGGGGGAAAAGUGCAUCUUAUAGAGCGAAAAAUAUGGUAAAUUCAGUAAAUAAUAAGUGUGUGCUGAUACCGAAAGAACCUCCUUGUUCUUCGCUGGUUUCCACCUGCUGCACCAUCCCAUUCUCUCUGAUUCCCGCUGAGUGUCUCACUUUGUCCCCUUCAUGUUGCAGAUGUGACUCUCAGCAGCGACUUCAUUGCUGGCUUCUGCGGGGAGACGGAAGACGACCACCAGCAGACACUGUCCCUCCUUCGCGAGGUCCGCUACAACACGGCCUUCAUCUUUGCUUACAGCAUGAGGGAGGUGAGAACGGUAGCCCCUUACUGAACGGACCAAGCAAGCACAUUCUGCCUCCAAGUCCCAGGGAGGGGGGGGGAUCCUGGAAGGGACCCCCAAAGGUCAUUUAGUCCAACCCCCUGCAGUGCAGGAAUCACAGUUAAAGAAGCUAUGGAAGCCAUCCUCUGCUUAGCAACCUCCGAGGGAGAGGCCACCACCUCCUGAGGGAAUCCAUUCCGCUGUUGAAUGGCUCUUGCAGUCAGAAAGUUCUUCCUAAUGUUGCGUUGGAAUGACAUAAAAUUGACAUUUCAAAUGACAUGAAAGGGUUCCGCUCUCCAGAGCAGGAGAAAACAAGCUUGUUCCCUCUUCCAUGUGACAGCCCUUCAGAUAUUUGUGUUUUGUUUUUUUAAAAAAAUAUUGUUUUCCUUAUACAUACUUUUAUAAUACAAUACAAUAAAUCACUUAAAUACUUUUAGCUCUGCCGAGCUUGCGACCUCCCUCCCUUCAGCGAGUAUCCCUUAUUUUCUUAUAUCGCGCAUUAUAUUUUUAAACUUAUAUCUGCUGUACAUUGUAAGAGCUAUUUCAGUCCUACCAGUGUUUUUAAAGUUUUACAAUUAUCCUUUAUAUACACCAUAAAUUUGCUCCAACUUUAUUGAAACCUCUGAUUGUCCUGAUCUUGGAUUCUUCCUGUCAGUUUGGCUAGCUCCGCAUAACCCGUCAUUUUCGUCUGCCACUCCGCAAUAGUAGGAAUUUCUUGUGAUUUCCAGUUUGGGACGAAGCCCUUCAGAUAUUUGAAGGUGGCUGUCAUAUCACCUCUCAGUCUUCUUUCCUCCAGGCUAAACAUACCAUAUUUUUUGCUCUAUAAGAUGCACUAUUCCCCCUUCUAAAAAGUAAGAGGAAAUGUGUGCUCGUCUUAUGGAGCGAAUGCAGGCUGUGCAGCUAUUGCUGAAGCCAGGAGAGCGAGAGGGAUCGGUGUGCACCGAUUCCUCUUGCUCUCCUGGCUUCAGGGAUAGCCACACAAAGCCUCCUGAGCGUGGCGGGAGGAGCGCUCCCCCUGCCCUGAAGAGGCUUGGCAUGGCUAUCCCAGAAGCCAGAACAGCAAGAGGGAUCGCUGCUUUCUCUGUGCAGUGAUCCCUCUUGCUGUUCUGACUUCGCUUCGCUGGAGAGCUGCUGUGCAGCUUCCCUCUCUGCGCAGUGCCUCUUCAGUGCUGAAGAGGUGCUGCGCAGAGAGAGAAAGCUGUGCAGCGCCCCUUCAGCAAAGCAGGAGGAGAAACGGAGCACCUUCCGUUUCUCCUCCCGCUUUGCUGGAGAAAAGUGGGAGGAGAAAUGGAAGGGGUUCUCUUUCUCCUGCUACUUCGCUGAAGGGGCGCUGCGCAGAGAGGGAGAGAAUAUUUUUUUUCUUGUUCUCCUCUAAAACUAUUUGCAUCUUAUGGUUGGGUGCAUCUUAAUAGAGCGAAAAAUACGGUAGCCAGCUCCUUCAACCGUUACUCAUAAGGCAUGGUUUCUAGACCCUUGAUCAUUUCAUUCGUCCUCCUCUGCACACCUUCCAGCUUGUCAACAUCCUUCUAAAAUUGUGGUGCCCAGAACUAGACAUGGGACUCCAGGUGUGGUCUGACCAAGGCUGAAGCCUAUGACUUCCCUUGAUCUGGACAUAACUUCUAUUGGCCCCUUCCAACUCUACAAUUCUCUGAUUCCCAUUGCAGAAUUUGAAGAGCCACAGAAUUUUGAACAUGGUGUGUGCAGAAUGCAGGUGACCCCUUUUUAACAAGGUGCAGGGAUUCUGCCUCCGAGUCACUGGCACUUUGUUUCCCCAGAAAACCCGGGCGUUUCACCGCCUGCAGGAUGACGUGGCUCCUGAAGUGAAGCAGAGGCGGCUGAAGGAGCUCAUGACCGUCUUUCGCGAGGAGGCAUCCUGGGCAAACGCAGCCGCUGUGGGACAAGUGCAAGUGGUCUUGGUAGAGAGUGUGAGUGCCACUUUGAUAAAUGCUGCAGGAGUCCAGAGGGCGGAGGCAGAGAGCGGUCUUAGUCCUCCCAGGACAUUCUAGACAAGAUCUCAAAGUAGCUGUCAUAUUACAAAAGAAUUUCAGAAAUAGACUGGAAAGAGAAGUUGCUGAAUUGCAACUUAUUACCACACUUAAAACAAUGGAGACCUGGUCUGAAUGGAGACAUUGGAUUCUUAUCUCAUUAUACAUGAUAUAGCUAUUUUUAGCCAUCUCACCCCUUGCUUUUUCCUGUAAGACCAAUUGCAGUUGUUAAAAGUCGUCAACAGGUUUACCACACCUAUCAGCCAGUCACCCAUUCCCACCCCCCUUCUGAGUAAGACCCCUCCCCACCCUCCCACUAUAUAUAAGGGUCUGGUGACUUCUGUUUCAAUGUAUCUGAAGAAGUGUGCCUGCACACGAAAGCUCAUACCAAGAGCAAACUGAGUUGGUCUCUAAGGUGCUACUGGAAGGAAUUGUUUUUUAUUUUGUUUCGACUACGGCAGACCAACAUGGCUACCUACCUGUAAUUAGUCCUCCCAUGUCUGCCUCUUCUGCACAUAGCGGGUGGUGGUGUCAGGGGGUCUGCUUUUAGCAUCAAAAGAGGGGAGCAGAGAGGAGAGGAGCUGAGCUUGCUGUGUGUCUCCACCCCCAUCAUUCUGCCCGGACACUGAGGGCCUUCUGGCAGUUCCCUCGCUGCGAGAAGCCAAGUUACAGCGAACCAGGCAGAGGGCUUUCUCGGUAGUGGCGCCUGCCCUGUGGAACACCCUCCCACCAGAUGUCAAAGAGAAAAAUAACUACCAAACUUUUAGAAGACAUCUGAAGGCAGCCCUGUUUAGGGAAGCUUUUAAUGUUUAAUAGCUUAUUGUAUUUUAGUGUUCUGUUGGAAGCCGCCCAGAGUGGCUGGGGAAACGCAGCCAGAUGGGUGGGGUGUAAAUGAAUUAUUAUUAUUAUUAUUAUUAUUAUUAUUAUUAUUAUUAUUAGCUACAGUAUCUGGGACUGUCUUCAAGGGCAGCCCUUUGCAGAAUGCAUUACAGUAAUCAAGCUGGGAACAUGAGAACCUAGGAAGACCCCACUGGAUCAGGCCAAUGACCCAUCUAGUCCAGCAUGCUGUUCUCACCGCGGCUGAUCAGAUGCCCCCAUGGGAAACACGCAAGCAGAAUUCAACCACUCUCCCCUCCUGCGGUUUCCAGCAGCUGGUAUUCAGAAGCAUUUACUGCCUCCAGUUGUGGAGACAGAGCCAAGCCACCAUGGCUCUGCCUCCAAAGUAGGCUUUAAUAGCUUUUCCCAUGAAUUUGUCCUAUCUUCUUUUAAGGUGGCCAUCACUGCCUCCUGCGACAGGGAGUUCCAUGGAUUAACUCUGUGCUGUGUGAAGGACUUUAUCUGUCCCAAAUCUCCCAACGUUCAGCUAAAUUGGAUAUCCAAGAGGUCCAGUGUUAGGAGAGAGGAAGAAAAACCUUCCCCACUUUCUCCAUUCCGUGCAUGAUUUUUUAAACUUCUGCAUGUCACUUUUUCCUUGAGUCUUUUCUAAACGAAAAAGCCCCCUUCCUUCAUAAGGGGGACAUUCAUCUCCCUGAUCUUUUUGUUGUCCUAAACUGUCCUGAACUUGGAAAUUUGUAAGGCUGUUGCCCAAGCUUUUUCCUUCCAGGCUCAGGAAUGCCUAUCAAAUCCUGAAAUACCCUCAAUCCUAAUAAUUUGGACUGCUCGUAUUCAGCAGUUUGGCAAGCUUCCCUUCUUGGAAUGAUAUCCCAUAAACUAAAAGUAUCUGAAGGGCAGAACUCAAAUGCUCUUUUUAAUUGAUAUAUGGCACAAUUACAUUCCUUAUACACACAUUGAAGCAAAAGAUCACUCAUUGACGGCUCGUUUAAGACUCUAUAGAAGCUUUAUUCUCAGUCAUGAUGGAAUUCACAGGUGGAGAACAGUUAUUUUUACAAAGCUUUAUUAUUUGUAAAGGGAAUCUUUAUAAACAAUAUUUGAUUUAUCUCAUUGGAGCUGUGCUGUAUCUUUGUACUUUUUUCCUUCUCGGCUGUGAUGCUUCAUGCUUUACAUUUUCAAUCUUUUGCCCCUCUUUGCUAUGUUUGCAUUAUGUUGUUGUUGCUAAUUAACCAAUAAAAUAAAUAAAUUUUAACACACGCCCUCCUUGCUUCCCCAGACGAGCAAACGCUCAGCCUUGGACCUGUGUGGCCGGAACGAUGGCAACAUCAAAGUGAUCUUCCCAGAUGUGGAGGUGGAUGACGGCACCGGCUUGGGAUCCAAAGUCCGAGUCCAGCCGGGCGAUUAUGUCCUGGUGAAGGUGAUUGACCAGUCCCUUGCUUUUUCCUAGGUGGAAGCAAAUGGCCUAAGGAGAGAGUAGCAGCUAAAUGUGCUCCAAGGCCAAAUGAGUCCAGCAUCCUGGCCUCCUCAAGUGACCAACCAGAUGCCCUAAUGGGGGAAGCCCUAAAAGGGGUGUCGGGGGGGGAGGGCAGCAGCCCCUCUCCUCACUUGGGGCCCCAGAAACUGGUAUUUCAGGGCAUGCUGCCUCCGACAGUACAAGCAGAACAUAGCCAUCAGGCCUAGUGACCGCCUAUGGCCAUCUCCCCCUCCAUUAAUUGUCUAAUCCAGGGGUCAGCCAACUUUUUCAGCAGGGGGCCGGUCCACUGUCGCUCAGACCUUGUGGGGGGCCAGACUAUAUUUUUUUUGGGGGGGAGAAAUGAAUGAAUUCCUAUGCCCCACAAAUAACCCAGAGAUGCAUUUUAACAAAAGGACACAUCCUACUCAUGUAAAAACAUGCUGAUUCCCGGACCGUCCGUGGGCCGGAUUGAGAAGGCGAUUGGGCCGCAUCUGGCCCACGGGCCUUAGGUUGCCUACCCCUGGUCUAAUCCUCUUUAAAAGCUAUUCAGGUAGUUGACUGUCACUGCCUGCUGGAGGGAGUUCCAUAGUUUACUAUACACGAGAAAAAUCCUAGUGCCUGAUUUUUAUUUUAUUUCACAAAAUGUCUACGCCGCGUGAUUGGAUUUUUUAUUUUUUUAAAAAAGUCCUUCAAGCGGGUUACAAAAAGAAAAGAUAAUUCUUCUUAGUGAUAGUUUUAUUGUUUUAGCAGCAAUAAUUUAAGACUUUUAGCAAAGUGAAAAUAACUCUAGGCUAAAAACGGACGAAAUCUCUCACCAACUUUCUAAAUGUCUGCAUCGGCUUGUCUAAACAAAGAUGACUUAUAGUGGGUGCCAAAGAGAGUACAGUGGCACCUCGGGUUAAGAACUUAAUUCGUUCUGGAGGUCCGUUCUUAACCUGAAACUGUUCUUAACCUGAAGCACCACUUUAGCUAAUGGGGCCUCCCACUGCCGCUGCGCGAUUUCUGUUCUCAUCCUGAAGCAAAGUUCUUAACCCGAGGUACUACUUCUGAGUUAGCAGAGUCUGUAACCUGAAGUGUUUGUAACCCGAGGUACCACUGUACAAUGAAAGCGUCUUGCCUGAUAUCAAUAGGCAGGGAGUUCCAAAGUGCAGGCACUGCCAGUUCCACAGAUGGAAGCGGUUGAGUGGUUGCAUCUGGAGGUCAGGCGAUCUUGCAGGUGAACUCACCGGUUCCUUAUUACGGGGGCACCUCCUAACAUGCAUACGCACCUUCCUUCUUUCCAGAUCUCCUCUUCCAGCUCCCAGACGCUGAGGGGCAUCCCACUCCGCCGAACCACACUGAAAGGAUCCACAGCGUUUGGAGGAGCAAACUGA